AUCAGUGCGACGUGUUCGGUCAGGAGCCCGGUUGCAUGUAAAACCGGAAGUUGACGUAGCGUUACAGUUUAGCGGAAGUACACGUAGCUAUACCGGGCACAUGUCACAAUCACAGAGAGAAGCAAAAUUGGAUUUCAAAGAUACUUCGGCAUCAGCUCGGCAGGUUAGUCUGACCAUAGAAAGAAACGAUAUGGCGACAGAGAAUAAAAGAAUGUUGUUUUUUUGCAGUCUGGGCAUCUUGGUGUGUUAUUUUUUCUACGGUAUUCUACAGGAGAAAAUAACCAAGGGUAAAUAUGGAGAAGGUGAGAAUCAAGAGAAGUUUACCUAUACUUUAGCUUUGGUUUUUAUCCAGUGUAUCAUCAAUGUGGUUGCUUCCAAGUUGUCCAUGUCAGUGUUCCAUUCUCCAAAAGACUCUACUCCAAAGAUUUUGUAUGCUCUCUGCUCUCUCACUUAUCUCUUGGCAAUGUUAGCAAGUAACCAUUCUUUACAACAUGUCAAUUAUCCAACACAGGUCCUUGGGAAAUCUGUGAAACCAAUUCCAGUUAUGAUUCUUGGUGUGCUGCUGGCCAGAAAACGGUAUCCUGCUGCUAAAUACCUAUGUGUUUUACUCAUUGUUACAGGAGUUGCAUUGUUUUUGUACAAAGACAGUAAAGCCGAAGACUCAAAACCCCAUGCGUUUGGAAUGGGUGAGAUUUUACUUCUGAUUUCUCUGACCAUGGAUGGCCUGACAGGAGCAAUCCAAGAUAGAAUGAGGGCAAAGGCACCAACCAAUGCACAUAACAUGAUGUUUUUUAUGAAUGCUUUCUCAGUUCUUUGGCUCCUAUUUGGAUUAAUUUUUACUGGUGAAGGAAUUGAAUUUGUAAGCUUUACCUCUCGUCAUCCCAGUGUCCUUCUUGGAAUAUUUGCCUUUGGUAUUGCCAGUGCUUUAGGACAGACAUUCAUUUUCCUAACUGUAUCCAAAUUUGGGCCUCUCACUUGUUCAAUUCUAACCACAACACGAAAAUUCUUCACCAUUCUCACAUCAGUAAUUAUAUUUCAAAACCCAUUAUCCCAGCGCCAGUGGAUUGGCACCAUAAUGGUAUUUACAGGACUCACAUUAGACAACAUUUAUGGCAAACAACAGAAACAAAAAUGAAAGUUUUUGAUGAACUACAUUCUAAUGAUCUCCAUUCAGCUCUGGUUGAACAAGGUGAACAGCUCAUUGGUUGCUGUAGCUGUCACAUGAUUGCUGGAUUCACCAAUGGCCACCACCUCGACAUCAAGAGAAGAACCUCACUUGCAAGGUUGCUGUGUCAAUCUGACUGGAAGUUUUUAAAGACUGCAUUUUUUAUCAUUUCUUAAUUAUCAAGUUUAAUUUAUUUAUUUGUGUUUCCUUAAAAAGAUUGAAUUUUCUUAAUUUCUUGAAUACUCACAAGUAAAUUAAUACUUGAGAUUAUCUUCAGCAGGGACUUAGAAUAAGCUGCAACAUCAUUUCCUAAAAGAGAAACGGAAAAGGAUAAAUAUUAAUAGAAAUUUAUAAUUUAUAUAGUUUGGUUCAAAUGAUUUUAUGCAAAACAUUCCUAGUGAAAUCUUCAGCAACUGGUAUUUUCAGGACAUUAAGACAGUAUGGAAAUAAUUUCAUAUAAAUUUGGAGAAAAGUAUAUUUAUCAGUAUAGUCUUAAGGUCAGAGUGGAUGGUCAAAUCUGUAGAGUUCCGUCCUUCUUGGUUCCAAGCUGUAAUUCUAAUUACAUGUUGGCUUUUCUUUCUGUGAUUGAUAAAAUAAAUACGAUAUACUUUAGUCAAUUUCA